AAGGGUUUGUGCCAUGGAUAGGCGAGGAAGAGGUUUUGUGAAAAAUGAUGGAAGACGAAAUUAGAAGAGGAAGGGGAUGAAUGAAAGGGGUUGUUUGUGCUGCCUGAGUGGAAGGACGGAAGGGAAAGUUAAACGAAAGGGACGGGAAUGGAAGAGUAGUGAGAGGAAGGGAAUGGAAAUAAAUGAAAGAAUGAAAAGGAUGGAACGGAAGAGAAGGGAAGGGAAGAGAUGGAGGAGGAGAAGAGAUGGAGAAUGUUAGUGGCAUUCUAUAAUAUACAUAAAUUGUGUUCGAACUAAAUGGUUUUCUAUACUAUUAGCAUACGAAAGAUAACUUACUGAUUUAGGUUAAUUCAUCUGCAUAAAUCUAACGUGAACGGCGCGCAGGUCAGUGGCGGUCCAUGAUUAGGCUAAAUAAGUGACAAGUGUCCACCAACUGUGAGCUAUCAUCCACCCAGGCUUACCCAGGCUCGCCCCGCUGCCAGUGCAUGUUCCCACUUCCCUGUUUCUGCCCUCUGGGAGUCACACAGGCACGCAGUGACGCAGUCCUUAUCAGGAGGUUUUAGGCCUCUGCCUUACAAUCAGCAGUCAGCACAAGCAUUUGAACGUUGUGGAAAGGUAAUCUUCUCGGCUUUAGACCUAUAGACCACAAAACCGUCUUGAGCUGUGAGCCAAGCGGGAUAGAAUAUCUAUUCUCUCCACAACAGGGUUCAGUUAUAAUAUACUUUUUGUAUCAUGAGCUGCCGAACAAUAAUAUCAGAUCAACCACCCUAAUGGAUCCAAGACGAAGUUGCUGACGGAGGUGGAACUGGAGCGACACCUGAUGGCACCAGUGCGGCGGCGUCCCGUGCCCUCGUGUUCCGGGACCGGUGGGCUCAGACGACACUGCCGCGACUCCUGGAGGUGGUGCAGAUCACCGCUCCUCCUCCACACUGACCACACGUCAGAAAAGUCAGAAAAGGUAACUUACCGACUAAGGUAAGUGAGUCAGCGUAGCAUAGGUGCCAUGCACUCGGACACAGGUAAACUCUUCCUACCUUUACAGUUUUGCUCGUGUGCCCACUACAUUACUGAUGAGACGGGCGGCGUGGACGUUCGGCAGGCGGUGGCGGUGGGCGGGUCCUACACAGGCGUGUUCCCAGCCGGGCUGCUCACCACGUUGGCGCCCGCCCCCCACGAGGUGCCUUUUAUCAGGCUCUAUCGCCGCAACACCUCGCUCCCAUGGAAGAUCAAAGUGAAUGUACUGGACGGCCACCAGCCUAAUGGAUCCAGGACGAAGUCGCUAACGGAGGUGGAGCUGGAGCGACACCUGAUGGCACCAGGGGUGCGGCGGCGUCCCGUGCGUGAGGGCAGAGUGAGAGGGGCGCUGUACCUGCCUCCAGGGGACGGGCCCUUCCCGGGAGUGAUCGACUUGUUUGGUUUUGUUGCUGGACUGCUGGAGUUCAGGUCGGCCAUGCUUGCGUCUCGGGGCUUUGCGAGUCUGGCCCUCGCCACAUUGGGCUACGAUGAUCUUCCUGCCACCACCGACCACAUGGACCUGGACUACUUCGAGGAAGCCGUGGAGCUGUUGUUAGCCGCACCAAAGGUGAUACCGGACCGAUGCGGAAUUGUGGCCGUCAGCAAGAAUGGAGACGUGGCCUUGAGCAUGGCUACGCUGAUGCCCGCCGUGAAGGCCGUGGUGGGCAUUAACUCGUGCAUAAUGUCAUACAGCUCCCGCCUCACUUACAAAGGUAAACUCUUCAGGGAAGGCAUCACGCGAUUCGAUGAGGAUGUGGUGAGGACAGAACGAGGCACAUAUAGCGGUUGCCCGCAACGCCACUUCAGAGUCAACAACCAAGCCAUGAUCCCCGUGAAGGAAGCAGAUGAGGAUACACAUUUCCUGAUGGUCGCAGGGGAAGCAGAUAGCUGGGGCUUUGGGGGGACACUGGCACCCUUCCGGGAGCGGAUGCUGUGCCACAACAAACACAACUUCGAGACGAUGCUGUACCCAGGCGCAGGCCACUUACUCGAGCCACCCUACGGCCCGCACAUCAGCCAGACCUUCCAGGAACUCAAUCCUAUAAAAGAGGAAGGACAGUCUUCGAUCCGCAAAAUUCCCUUAGAGUGGGGUGGACAGCCGCAGCCUACAUGCACCGCUCAGGAGGACCUCUGGUUCCGUAUGCGCACCUUCCUAAUGAGGCAAGUGCGUGAGGAAAGCCCCUGAUUCCAGCAGCACGUGGCCCGACACGCCCCACGAAAUGCCAAACUGUGAGAGAAAGCGUACAAGAGCAGGUCACCGCCCCAGGAUACAAGCCACAACGCCGGCCUUAUACCAUAUGAAUGCUACGUAAGAGACUAGGGUGUGAUAAGACAGCUCACCCGUCUCCAAUGCGCCCGAAGAAGUUUGAAUGCGGUUGAGAGCCGCAGGUGCCAACUACAUUACGGAGAAACCACACACACACACACACACACACACACACACACACACACACACACACACACAUAUCCUCCUUGCCACCACAGCACAUGCACAAUACCUGCCCUCCAUCUCCUACAAUGCCAUCCUGUCUGAUAUCUUUACUUUUCCCUCAAGCCUAUACACCAGAAACAAUACCCUUUUUUCUCACUCUUCUUCAUUAUCAACCCUCCUAUGGCUCACAUUACCUGCACAGGUAAACAAAAUUAGGGAACCUCAACCCGGCCAGUCCUUCAGAUCAUUUUCCCAGGACUUUAAUCACCGGCCCCCCCCACCCAAGGCCAAAUACUCGACCCUUCACCACUGUUUGCAGACACUGAUCCCCCUUCCCCUGUCACCCUCCGCCUCAAUGUUGACUCAUCACGUCACCAUCCACUCAUCUUCAACCACUAAACGAACAGGAAUAUGAGGAAGGAGUGUGAACGCAUUGCCUCCUAUACAACUUCCUGAUGUUUUUGCUCCCCC